GGGUGCAUGGUGGUGGGAGGAGCGACUUGUAGGUCCAGGUGUUAGUUCUGCAGUAACUCCGCGUCAGAUAAGCGCAGGGUUUUCUGAACGCAUCGCCUUUACGAGACCGCGGUCCCUGUUAAGCAUUAGUUAUACUUUUAUUAAAGGUGCCUUUGCGAGGCUUUUCCGGAAUUUAAGGAGAGCAGUUGCGGUCGGAUCGCCGGUGGGCUCGCCAGGCUUAAUGGUACUUUUCCUGCGAUCCAACUCCCGGCUUCCUCCUUCUCCUCCCACCACCACCUCCUCCACCACCACCACUCCGAACAUCGCCAAGUCACCGGAGACGAUCGCUUCUCCGCCAGGCCAGACUUUACACGACCGGGAGGUUGAAAAAGGCACCGACGAAGUGUGGAGGGGUUAAAGAGACGGAAUAAAAAAGAGAGAAUGUUUAAAAGGAGCAAAAGCCAAGUGCUGGUGGACGACACGCCAGAGGAGGACGAGGAGGUGCAGUGGCAUCGCCGGCACAUGGACGUGGAUAAGGAAGAGGAUGGAGAGGAUGAGGAAAUCGCAAGCCCAGCGUCAAAGGAGCUCAAAGUUAAAAUAAUCAGAUCCAAGAAAGAUAAGAAACUCUUUUCUUCUGAAGAUGACGAGCAUUCUCUCCUGACGGGCGUCACUCCGUCGGAGGCCAGAGGAUCUGCCAAGAAGAGCAAGGAGGAGGAUAAGAGGACAUAUCUGGAAAAGGGCCAGUGUUUCUGGGACAGUGUCACCAUGACCAUGAAGCAGAUCACACCCACAAAGAAAAUGGGUAAGCUGGAAGGCUGGGAGCCACCGACUGUCGGCGAGAUGACGCACGCGACGGAGGAGCACAUGGCCGGGGACACUCUCAUCCGCCAUGACGAGGCCCUACCCUGGACGGACCUCGAAGGGGACUUAUCCAAAUACGCCAGCCUGUCGGGGCCACGUGGCCCUGGGCCACGAUGGACCACCAAGGCCAAAGAUAAACUGGCCAGUAUUAGGAGGCGGAGCCUCUCUGAGAACUGGGAGGGGCUUAAGUAAAGGCAAGCCCACGGUCCUAUGACAAAGCAGUACCUGUUUGUCCUGGACCAGCCUUUUGCUAUUGCAAAAUUAACACACCGCUUUGCAAUAGCAGAAAGGUUUGUUGAACCUGGGCAACUAUGACAAAUGGGGCAAAAAUAAAAUGUCGGCACAUUAAGCCUCAUGAAGUGGAAUAAGUUAAUCUGGAUGUCUGUGGCCUGUUAAUGAGGGGUGCAGUGGAAAUGGAGUGGAAAGCGAGAAUAGGUGGAGUAGGAAAGAUAAAAAGCCUUACAGCACCUACAAACUGACAGACUGACAAACAAAGAUAAAUGACCUUAUGCAAGACACUUUUUAGAAGAAUAUAGCAACUUUGAUAUUUUAAACACCUUGUUUUUGUGUUUGAAAGGCUGGUUCACUGCCUGGAUUAAGUUGCACGAGCCAUAUUUACUGAAAUUGUGCUCGGAGUCUGUUGAAUGUAACAUUCAGACAAUAUGAACUACUGUCAACACAGACUGAAUCUGUAACUUUAACUGUAAAAUCCACAAUUGUAUAUAUUUUUGAAAAAUGUUUUUUAAAAUUACCUUAUUUUAGGUUCUAUCCGUAAGGUUGCUUGGCCAAAUGGAUGGUUUUAUAUUGCAUGGAAAAUGCAGAACGGACCAAACGUUUCCAUCGCACUUCGCAUUAAACGUUCCCCGCCAGUGUUUUUAAUGCUGGCUUCUUGGAUAUAUUGAGUUUCUCAGCGCUAUUCACUUUUUACGUGAGAAUUUCCUUUUGCAUGUUCUCAUCCCAGCCCUCUGGGUCGUGCCAGUAGACAUUCUGGUAUUAUGGGUCUUCCUGUUACGCUCCAUUCACCGAAGCAUACAGGUUAAUUUCUUGAAAUCGAUUGUUUUCUUGCCUUUUUUGCAUACUGUUUGAAUCAAAAGUUAGCUUACAGGAAUCAGUCUAUCCUGAUUUUCAUCCAUGCACAGGUGCCUAUUAUUGUAGAGAACAUGUAAAAUGUUAUUAAAAUACACGCUUUGCUCAAA